UGCACUCUGAGACUAUCAGUUCGGGCGCGUCCCAGAAGCGUGGGCGAAUGGCUUGGUUUUGGAGGGUUCGAUGACGUAUGAAGUGGUUAGGAUUGUUUGAACUAAGUAAUGAAGCUCAAGAAAAAAAAUACCCCUCACCCAAACAGGCUUCCACAUUAAAAAUUGUUGUAGGCUCCCAUAUAUGGCUAGAGGAUAAAGAUUUAGCUUGGAUUGAUGGCAAAGUCUUCCGAAUUGAAGGUCGAAAUGCCCAUGUACGCACUACCAAUGGAAAGACGGUUACUGCGAGCAUAUCAGACAUUCAUCCAAAGGACACAGAAGUGCUAUCUGAUGGAAUUGAUGACAUGACACGACUAUCAUACUUACAUGAACCUGGUGUUUUAGACAAUCUUGCUGUGCGAUAUGCCAAAAAAAUAAUUUAUACCUAUACUGGCAAUAUUUUGAUCGCAAUAAAUCCAUUCCAAAGGCUUCCUCAUCUCUCUGAACCGCGUACUAUGGAGAAGUACAAAGGUGCAAAUUUUGGUGAACUUGAUCCUCAUGUAUUUGCAAUUGCAGACGUUUCUUACAGGCAAAUGAUUAAUGAGGGAAAGAGCAACUCCAUUUUGGUGAGCGGUGAAAGUGGUGCUGGUAAAACUGAAACCACAAAGGAACUUAUGAGAUAUCUUGCAUUUUUGGGUGGACGGUCUAGAACAGGAGCGAGGACAGUCGAACAACAAGUUUUAGAAUCUAAUCCAGUCCUUGAAGCUUUUGGCAAUGCAAAAACUGUUCGAAACAACAAUUCAAGUCGAUUUGGAAAAUUUGUUGAAAUCCAAUUUGACAAGUGCGGGAAAAUAUCUGGUGCUGCCAUCAGAACAUAUUUGCUUGAGAGAUCUCGUGUUUGCCAAAUCAACAGUCCAGAGAGAAACUACCAUUGCUUUUACUUCCUAUGUUCAGCACCAUCAGAGGACAUUAAGAGGUAUAAGCUGGGUGACCCUUCAUCGUUUCACUAUCUCAACCAGUCUGCUUGCAUUAAAGUUGAUGGAAUUAGUGAUGCGGAGGAGUAUCUUGCAACAAGAAGUGCAAUGAAUACAGUUGGCAUAACUGAGCAGGAACAGGAGGCUACAUUUCGGGUUGUUGCUGCUGUGCUUCACCUUGGGAACAUCAAUUUUGUUAAAGGGAGAGAUGCAGAUUCGUCUGCAUUAAAGGAUGAGAAAGCUAGGUUCCACCUGAAUGCAGCAGCAGAGCUCUUGAUGUGUGAUCGUGAGGAGCUGGAGAAUGUGCUCAUAAAGAGGAAAAUAAAUACACCAGAAGGAGUGAUUACGACAACAGUUGACCAUAAUUCUGCUACUGUUAGCCGGGAUGGCCUAGCAAAGCAAAUAUAUUGUCGACUAUUUGACUGGCUUGUAAAUCGGCUAAAUGCAUCAAUAGGACAAGAUGCAAACUCAGAAUGUUUGAUUGGGGUGCUUGAUAUAUAUGGCUUUGAAAGUUUUAAGACUAAUAGCUUCGAACAAUUGUGCAUCAAUUACACCAAUGAAAAACUCCAACAGCAUUUUAAUCAGAAUGUCUUCAAAAUGGAGCAGGAAGAGUAUAAUCGAGAGCAGAUCGACUGGAGUUACAUAGAAUUUGUUGACAACCAAGAUGUCCUGGACUUGAUUGAGAGAAAACCUGGUGGGAUUAUUGCACUUCUUGAUGAAGCUUGUAUGUUUCCAAAAUGCACACACGAAUCAUUUUCUCAGAAGCUGUAUGAGAAGUUCAAGAACAACAAAAGGUUUAGCAAGCCGAAGCUUUCUCGUACUGCAUUUACAAUCCAACAUUAUGCAGGAGAUGUAACGUAUCAGUCCGAUCAUUUCCUGGACAAAAACAGAGAUUAUGUAGUUGUAGAACAUGAAGAAUUACUUAAUGCUUCCAAGUGCUCCUUUGUGUCAGGGUUAUUCCCAUCAGUGCUAGAGGAGAACACAAAGUCGUCAAAGUCAUCAAUCGCUAAUCGCUUCAAGGGGCAACUCCAUGAAUUAAUGGAGACUUUGAGUUCUACAGAACCUCAUUAUAUUCGGUGUAUUAAGCCCAAUAAUCUUCUUAAGCCUGCUACUUUUGAGAACAUCAAUGUUCUGCAGCAACUACGAUGUUCAGGUGUUCUUGAAGCUAUUAGAAUCAGCUGUGCUGGAUACCCUACACGGAAACUAUUUCGUGAUUUCCUGCACAGGUUUUGCAUCCUUGCUCCUGAACAUUCCAAAGAAAGAAAUGAUGAAAAAGUAAUCUGCCAAAAGAUUUUGGACAAAGUGGGACUCCAGGGCUAUCAGAUUGGAAGAACUAAGGUGUUCCUGAGAGCUGGUCAGAUGGCUGAAUUGGAUGCUAGAAGAACUGAAGUGCGGAACAAAGCAGCUAGAACUGUUCAGAGUAGAUUUCACACUCAUGCUGCACGCAAGCGAUUCCUUACACUACGCAAUACGUCUGUAUCUUUGCAAUCUAGUGUUAGAGCAAUAUUGGCUCUUAAGCUACGUGUAUUCCUGAAAAAACAAGCUGCAGCUUUGAUAAUACAGAAAAGUCUCCGCUGCUACUUCGCUUCAAAGUCUUAUUCUGAGCUGCGCUGUUCAGCCAUUACACUGCAGACAGGAUUGAGGGCUUUUGGUGCUUACAAUGAUUAUGUUCUCAGAAAACAAAAGAAAGCUUCUAUCCAUAUCCAGGCUCAAUGGCGUUGCCACAAAGAUAAUUCACAUUAUAUUAAACUGAAGAGAUCGGUGUUGAUUUAUCAAUGUGCAUGGCGAAGACGUAUCGCUAGACGAGAACUCAGAAAGCUCAAAAUGGCUGCAAGAGACACAGAAGCUCUGAAGGUGGAGAAGGAGAAACUAGAGGAACAUGUAGAAGAGCUAACAAGCCGUUUAGGUUUGGAAAAAAAACUGAGGACUGAUUUAGAGAAGAACAAGGCAGGAGAAAUUUCCAAAUUACAGGCUGCCCUUCGAGAGAUGGAGCAUCGAGUGGAAGAAGCUACAGCAAUGCAGGAAAGAGAGUCAGCCAAAAGGGCUGUUGAAGAUGCUCUAGUUCAAGAAAGAGAAAAAAUCACUAUGUUGACUAAUGAAAUCGAGGAGCUGCAGGUACUAUUAUCAAGAGAACGAGAAGAAAACAUUGGGACAAAGAGGGAACUUGUUAUCACCCAGGAAAGAAGUGAAGGCCUGAAUAGGAAAAUCGAGGUUGCAGAUGAAAACAUCAAGCAGCUUAGAGAUACUGUGAAAAGAUUUGAGGAGAAUGUGGCAGAACUGGAGUCUGCAUUGAUGACAGAGAAGCAACACAACGAAGCAACCAGAACAGAAAUUGGUGAAGCACAACAUAGAAUUGAAGAACUAAUUCAACAACUUGCAGAUGCUAAUGGAAAAUCUGCAGUGAUUCAGGCCACGGUGCAAAGGCUGGAAGAAAGCAUAAUUGAUAGAGAGGCCAGUUUUCUUUUAGAAAGGCAAGAAAGUGAGGCAACCAAGAAAUUACUAAGUGAAGCUCAUGGGGAAAAGGAGGAAUUAGUUCAUAAAAUUGAAGUUGCUGAAAAGGAGAUUGCUAAAUUUCAAAACAAUAUCCAAAGACUUGAAGAAACCGCAACAACAUUUGAGACUUCAUUGCUAGCUGAGAAACAGCACGGUGCUGCAAUCAUUUCACAGUUAGCUGAAACACAGAAGGAAAUUGAUGAACUGCAAAAGAAGUUUACAGAGGCCAGUAAGACAAAUGAGAUGCUUCAAGAUUCUUUAAAGAGGUUUGAAGAAAAUGCCACCACAAGGGAUGCAUUGUAUGUAGCAGAAAGGCAAGAGCAUGAUCAAACCAAACAAGCACUUUCUAAAUCUCAGGAGAGAAAUUUGGAGUUGCUUAGGAAAGUUGACGAAUCUGAGAAAAGUAUAAAUAAGCUGCUGGAGAAUGUUCAGAGACUCGAGAAACAUGCAACAUCAAGGGAGUCUUUGCUGCUAAAGACAAAGCAAAAUCAGGAUUCCACAACAAAAGCGCUAGUUGAAGCUGAAAAGAGAAAUCGAGAGUUAAUGAAAAGCUGUGAAGAUUCUGAUAAGAAAAUCACUCAUCUUGAGGAUUCAGUGAACAGACUAGAGGAAUGUACUGCAGAGAAAGACUCUUUAUUGGCAAUAGAAAGGCAAGAAAACAAUGUUACCAAGGAAGAACUAGCCAAUGCCCAGGAAAAAAUAAAGGAGCUAGAAAAGCAACUCGAAGAUAUCAUCAAGAGGCUUGAACAAGAUACUACUGCCAGAGACGCUUUACUGAUAUCAGAAAAACAAACACAUGAGGCGACCAAGAAAACUCUUGCUGAAAUUCUGGGGAGAAAUGAAGAGUUAAUCAAGAAAAUUCAGGAUUCUGAUAAACAUAAUCUUCAGCUUCAGCUAACUGUUGAGAGGCUUCAAGAAAAUGCAUCUGCAAAGGAGGCUUUACUGUUGAGAGAACAAGAGCAAAACACCACCACUAUGAAGGCACAAGCAGAAAGUCAAGAAAGAAAUUCGCAGUUACUAAAGAAAUUUGAGGAUGUUGACAAGAAAAUUGACCUUCUUCAAGACACCAUACAAAGGCUUGGGGAUCAUACAACAAAAGACACGUUGCUGCUAUCUGAGAGACGAGAGAAGGAUGAUUUGAAGAAAGCACUCGCUGAGACUGAAUACAAAAAUGAAGAGCUAGUGACAAAAAUUAGCAAAACCAACAAAGAAAUUGAGUAUCUUCAAAACGCUAUAAAUAUGCUUGAAGAAAACAUAGUGGCGAAAGAUGCUUCUUUGGUAGCUGAAAAACAAGAAAAUGACGCAAUUAGGAAAUCUCUUGUUGAAGCUCAGGAGAGAAAUGACGAGUUAUUUAAGAAAAUUAGAGACAAUGAAUACAAGGCCCACCAGCUACAAGAUACUGUGCAGAAGCUUCAAGUAGAUGCCAUAUCAAGACUGUCUUCCUUUGUAUUGGAGAAACAAGAAAGUGAUGCUGUGAAGAAAGCACUUACUGAAGCUCGCGGGAGAAACGAAGAUCUGAUAAGGAGAAAUGAAGAUCUCCUUGAUAGAAAUAAUGACUUGAUCAAGAAAAUUGAAGAUUCUGGUAAAAUCGUUGCUCAGCUUCAGGAGACCAUACAGAGGCUAGAAGGAAAAGCAGCUAGCUUAGAGGCAGAAAAUCAAACUCUUCGUCCACAAGCCGUUGCUACUACUCCAUCUACCGCGAGAUCGCAAGCGGCAUACUCCAAAAUCAGUAUGAUCCAUAGAAGCCCAGAAAAUGGUCAUAUUUUAAAUGGCACCGUACCAUAUGCUGAAAUGAAGUCCUCAAUUGGUCUAGCGGAAACAAGACCCUCUAUGGGUAGUGCCCCUGAUUUGCUUAACCAAAAGGACUAUGAUAGCGGGGAGAAAAUGCAAAGGGUACUAAGUGAAGCAUAUCAGUAUCAGCAGCCCCAGGAUGAUCAGAAGUUAUUACUGAAGUACAUUACCCAACAUCUUGGAUUCUCUGGGAGCAAACCUGUUGCUGCUCUUCUUAUAUACCAAUAUCUGCUUCAAUCGAGAUCUUUUGAAGUUUCAAAGACGGGUGUCUUUGACAGUAUCCUACAAGCUAUAAACUCAGCAACAGAGGCUCAACAUGAUACGAGAAGCUUGGCCUAUUGGUUAUCCAACUUGUCAACACUAUCAGUUCUCUUACAACGCUCUUAUAGAACCACCAGGACAGCAACCUCAACUCCAUAUAGACGGAAAUUUUCCUAUGAUAGGAUGUUUCAAGCUGGUCAAACAUCAAAUAGCGGGCUUGCUUAUUUUAGUGGUCAAUCAUUGGACGAACCUAUUGGACUACACCAAAUUGAACCAAAAUAUCCGGCCUUGCUCUUCAAGCAGCAGCUUGUGGAUCUGAUUGAAAAGGUGUAUGGAUUGAUAAGCGACAAAUUGAAGAAGGAGCUAAAUCCAUUACUUGAGUUGUGCAUUCAGGAUCCAAGAACUAAUCACGCUACUCAAGCAAAGGCCUCACUGUCACCAGCUAGUGGCUUGGGCCAACACAACCAACUCACACAUUGGCUGGGCAUCGUGAAAAUCCUCAACAACUACUUGUAUCUGCUAAUAGCCGAUCAUGUCCCAACGAUUCUGGUCCACAAGUUGCUGACCCAAAUAUUUUCUAUGGUGAACGUUCAACUAUUUAACAGACUCCUUUUGCGUCGUGAGUGUUGUUCGUUUAGCAACGGGGAGCAUAUUAGAGCCGGAUUAACUCAACUAAAACAUUGGUGCAAUGAUGUUGCUCAAGAGCUUGCAGAUUCAGCAUGGGAAGCACUGAGGCAUAUAAGACAAGCUGCCGAUUUCCUGGUAAUCUCCCUAAAACCAAGAAGGACGUGGCGAGAGAUACGCGGUGAUGUUUGCCCGGCUCUGAGCUUACAGCAGCUAGAGCGGAUAGUUGGUAUGUACUGGGACGAUAUGAAUGGCACAAACAUUAUUUCAGCAGAGUUCACGUCAAGCAUGAGAUUAACGUUGCAUGAGGAAUCAAAUAGCCUUAGCAGCUUCUCGGUCCUGCUGGAUGAUGAUUCCAGUAUACCCUUCUCACUUGAAGAUAUCGCAAAGUCGAUGCCAAACAUUGAGGACACGGUGGAGAGUGACCUGCUGCCUUUUAUCCAUGAAAACCAAAGCCUUGCAUUUGUAUUGCAGAGGAGAGGAGGGAAUGAAUAGCUCUCUCUCUACGCAGAGCCUUCACUAAACCAGGAGUGCCUCGUUGUAGGAUGUAUAUAUUCUCGUUGUACAGCAGAUAGCAAGCCAUUUUCAAUAAAAGCUUCAUAUUUGGAAAGAGCA